CUCACGCCCUCAGUAGCCGGUUGGGGUUCGUAGCAGGCCGUAGCCUGUCAACUUAGGGCACAGUCUUUCGCUUGAGUAACUGAGCAGCAUACUCCAGUAUAGGGUCCCUGGCCUGAGCACUGAUGGAUCUAGUCAUAAUGGAGGUGGUGUGACUGCCUGAAGUGGAGAGAUGUUUACUGGAAUGCUAGAUUGCAAAGUGGCCACGUGACCUCCAAAGGAGGAUUGUUGGUGUGUUAAGGACAUGAACCCUGCUGUCCCCACGCAUGUGUGGAUGACAGUGGCCCGAAGAUCUGGCAACUUACUUGGAUUCAAGGUAUGUGUUAGAUGAGUGCCAUUGCAUAGAGUUAAAGACCAUCGAUUUGCCCGUGGUUUAGAUUUUAGUGAUUGUUUCCUUGUCAUUAAAUACAGGGGUGAUUGCUUCCUUGGACCUGUUGCUACUUGCCUGAAGAAGGAAGUCAUUAAUCUUAAAUGUAGGAGGUUUCCUCUGUGAGAGAGCUGCAGGCAGGAAUCUUUGCCCUCAAGCUAAGGGGCAAGACUUCAGUGGCUGCCCUCUGGGAGGCGUGCUGGGCCAGUGAAACCUAAGUCUGUGAGGCCUGGGGGAGGAUAUCUGCUCACUGGGUCUUGAGCUUAAGGCAGGCCUUGCCAAGGGGAGCAUUCUUAUCCCCCACUUUUGUUGUCGGCUCCAUGGAAUUUGUGACAGGCCUGGUGCACCUCCAAGAGGAGUCUAGAUGCCCCAUCUGUUUGGAUUACUUGAAAGACCCAGUGACUAUAAACUGUGGGCACAACUUCUGUCGCUCCUGCAUCAACAUGAUGUGGAAGGAUCUAGAUGAUACCUUCCCCUGUCCUGUCUGUCGUUUUUGCUUUCAUAACAAAAGCUUCAGGAGCAAUCGCCAGCUCAGUAAUCUGACUGAAAUUGCUAAAAGACUGCAGGUCCGAAGGAGCAAGAGGAAAAGGCAGGAGUAUUCUAUGUGUGAGAAGCACAAUCAGUUUCUGACCCUCUUUUGUGGGAAGGACCUGGAGGUUCUAUGUACACAGUGCAGUUUCUCUGUUCAACACCAGAAACACUAUAUUUACCCCAUUAAGAAAGCUGCCACCUUUCACAGGAAAAUUCUAGAAUAUAGCAUUGAGCCCUUGAGGGACAAUGUGGAACGAGUUGAAAAAGUGUUAAGUCUUCAAACCAGCAAAAGAGUGGACCUGAAAAAGAAGGUCGAGGACAGGAGAGAAGAAAUCAUUUUCGAAUUUGAGCAAAUCAGACAGUUUCUACAGAAUCAGCGAGAGGCUCUUCUUAGGCAGAUGGACGAUGAAGAGAGGGACAUUUUAACAAAACUAAAUGAGAACCAGAGAACAUUUUCAGGUCACGUUUCCACAUUAAAACAUCUGCUCAAGGAGGUAGAGUGCAGGUGUGUGCAGUCAGAAUUGGAAUUACUGACCCAUGUUAAGGGUAUCUACAACAGGUAUCAAAACCUAACGUAUCCUGAGCUCUUCGUAUUCCAGUUAAAGAAAUACGGAUUUAGUCUUCCUCCACAGUAUUCUGGCUUGGACAGAAUUAUCAAGCCAUUUAGAGCAGAUGUGAUGCUUGAUCUUGAAACAGCACACCCUCAGCUUAUUGUGUCUGAGGAUAGAAAAAGUGUGCGAUAUGGAAACAAAAAAAAACACCUUUGUUAUAACCCGAGGAGAUUUUAUCUUUGCCCUGCUGUCCUCGGUUCGAGGAGCUUUAAUUCUGGCCGGCAUUACUGGGAGGUAGAAGUGGGAAACAAACCUAAAUGGACCUUGGGGGUGUGUCGAGACCGUUUUCCCAGGAAUUGGAGGACUUGGCCAGUAGUUGAGGGUGGAUUCUGGGCAAUUGGGCGAUACAUUGAAAGCAUUUAUGUUAUACUGGGUGGUAAGAGAACCCAACUUCUGCCUGUAGUAAGACCCAGUAAAAUCGGCAUUUUUCUGGACUGCGAGUUGGGUGAAGUUUCCUUUUACAAUAUGAGUGAUAGAUCUCUUCUCUAUAAUUUUAAUGAUUCUCUUAUAGAAGCUGUGUGUCCCUAUUUCUAUAUUGGAGUAGAUUCUGAACCUCUUAAAAUCUCUUCAGUAACAGAUGAUGAACGAUGAAGUACCUGGGAAACACUGUCAUUUCAAUGUCUCGGGGUAACUUAGCCAGUAAAUUUAGUCUCAGUAAUUCUGGACUCUUAACGGUUUACUGUUGAAAACCAGAAUAGAUUUUUCUCCCAUUUUCAUCAACUAUAAAAACAUGGUAGUAAUGCCAAUUUUAUAGAUGUUUUGGAUAUCAAUGGCCAAGUGCUUUGAAGUUCUUAGAGUAUUUGAGAAUUAAAUUACUUAUCAAAUUCAAGAAAAUAUUUUCUGUUGAAAUUGUAUGUAAGUUGCCUUUUAAUGAUAGUCAUUCCUUUACAAUUGUGUAAGUUUAAGUUAUCUUAACAGAUAAACACCCUUAAUACAUACCUACCUUCAGUGGAUUCUUUGGUUUCUUUCCAUAAUUCUUGA